UAUUGCUGUAUGAUUUGUAAAUGAGAAUUGUCUUUAAAGGAUCUGUGCAUCGGGUCGUCAGCGACGACAGUACACCGAGAAUCACCGGAUUUGCAGAGACCGUCGUGAAGCUCACCCUCGCCAAGGCCGAUGUGAAAUCAAAGAAGAAAACAGAUGCCAGUGGAACCCUUGCCUUAACGCAAAACACGAUGAAGACAGACGCGAGGUCGAUAUUCAAAGAGGAUACGAAAGAUAUAAUCACGAGAUUUUCGAAAGACGGCAAAUCGAAAUCUAAAUUAAGCGUCGGUUCUGCAGAGAAGAGUUCAUCGGUCUCGGGAGAGGAAGCAACCCCAGUGCAGAAGAAAACUUGUACGGAUGGGAAACUGCUUGCGGAUAGCAAGUACACCACAAGAGAAAAAUCAAUUAAAAAAUAUAAUAACGUUAAAAGAAGCAAAGGUGGAGGAGAAGGAGAUAGAAUUUAUCAGCGAUUUACACGUACGAUGUUUCGAGAAGACACUACCGACGUAGAAGAGUUAUUGGGACGUUCCGUGACCACGCAAGUAAGCCCGAAAUUGAUAAUGUCACCAUCCAGCAGGACAAAACCGAAAACGUCCUUGCACUUGAAGACGAACAAAGUGGAUCCUGUCGACGAUGCAAACAUAUCCGAAGAAAAUCGCGUCUCCGAAGAAGUAACAUCAGGGAUCACGCACGCUACUGGGACUGUUCAAGAAAUCGAACUCGCCGAAUCGUCGGAUCCAGUUGAGCAACAGAAUGCCUGUCGAUGCGAGUCACGAAAGAGUUCAAAAUCCGCUUCAAACAAUUCCAAACGCUAUGUUACACUCUUCAUGUCCAAUUUAAGGGACACAUAUUACUGCGAGUUCUGUCGUCCGUACAAGUGCAGCGAAUCGGUAGGUUUUGUAUUUUCUAAGCAGUCACAUGUGUUUAUUUGCAACAGAACAAACAAAACUGUCAAUUUAAUUUUCUUUAUUGUUUUAGAUAUCAAAAAGUUUCGAUAUAGCGGAACUGAAAAAGCUACGGUGUGCUUCGUGUAAAUUCUCUUUUUACGAGCGAUGCAGUGAUGUUUGCUCGAUAUGUCUCAAGCAACGAAAACGCGCGACUCCUUCGUUCAAGUAACAUAUCGUAAUUACAGAUCUGACAGAUUCAUAUUAAUAAGAUACAUAUCAUGUAAAUCAUAAUCGAUAAAAAAUUGAUCUCGGUUGAUUCAUCCAAAAUGUAUUCCUUAUAAUAAUAAUCGUCAUUAGGAACAGCGAUAAGGAAUACAUAGUAUAUCUAUUGUCACGUAAACAUGCUAGAGAAAUAGCGUUGAUUGUUAACUGUAACUUAAUGUAACAUAAUACUGUCGGAAGAACAUGAUUCGUACUCUGUAAUAUUCCUUGAUACACAUGAUAUUAAUCUUCUUGUAAUCUGCUGUAAUUCUAUAAUAUAAUAUUAUUUAUUGUUAUAUCCUAUUGUUGUAUCCUCAUAUAUGUUUUAUACUCUUAAUAUAUAGCCUGAUAUGGAACAAUCUGGAAG